AGAGAUCUUGGUGAAGGAAGGAGGGAGGGAGGGGAGGGAAGAAGAAACGACAUCUAUGUGAAUGACCAUGGCUCGGGCAACCUCGUCGGCGCUGCUGCCGGCGGGGGGCUUGGGGCUGGGUUUCCCCCCGCAGAGCUUUGCCCGGGUGGUGGUGUGGGAAUGGCUGAACGAGCACGGCCGCUGGCGCCCCUACAGCGCUACAGCCAGUCACCACAUAGAGAGCAUGGUCAAGGCCAGCGGCCGGGGCAGCGCAGCGCUGGGCCAGGUGGAGCCGCAGCUCUCACCCUACAUCAUAGACCUGCAGUCCAUGCACCAAUUCCGCCAGGACACAGGGACCAUGAGGCCAGUCCGUCGGAACUUUUACGACCCAUCUUCGGCCCCGGGGAAGGGCAUCGUGUGGGAGUGGGAGAAUGAUAGCGGGCUGUGGACGGCUUAUGACAUGGACAUCUGCAUCACUAUCCAGAAUGCCUACGAGAAGCAGCACCCCUGGCUGGACCUGACCUCCCUGGGCUUCUGCUAUAUCGUGGACUUCACCAGCAUGUGCCAGAUGAACCGUCAGACCCAGAGGAAGCGACGGCUGAGACGCCGCAUUGACCUGGCCUACCCUCUCACCAUGGGCUCCAUCCCCAAGUCCCAGUCCUGGCCGGUCGGCACCCAAUCUGGGCAACCGUGCAGCUGCCAGCAAUGUGUUCUGGUCAAUAGCACUCGCGCAGCCUCCAAUGCCAUCAUGGCCUCGCAGCGGAGGAAGGUCUACACCAACAACAACGUCGCCAACGGCAACGCCAGCGUGCGCCAGAGUGCCUCCUUCACCGGCCCAGCGCUGUGGCCGCCUGGCACCGGCCACGCUCCGCCCCCCGGGGUCACGGCCCCGCCCCCCGCCGGGCUCGGCCCCGGCCUCGGCCCCGCCCACGCCCGCCCAGAGCAGGCCCGCUCCCCCGCCGGCCCCCAGCCCUCACCCAGCUCUCACAACGGCAACAUCAACGGCACCACCACCGUUCCGGGACAGAACAACCUCAACCGGCCCGGCGCAGGUCAGAGGUCACUGGUGAUCAACGCCCGCACCGCCAUUCUGCCCGGAGUUCCUGCCUUGCCAGUGAAAAACCUGAAUGGCUCUGGUCCUGUCCACCCGGCCUUAGCAGGGAUGACAGGAAUCCUGAUGUGUGCCGCGGGGCUGCCUGUGUGCCUGACCCGGGCUCCCAAACCCAUCCUCCACCCCCCGCCUGUCAGCAAGAGCGACAUCAAGCCCGUGCCCGGCGUCCCUGGCAUCUGCAGGAAAACCAAGAAAAAGCAUCUCAAAAAAGGCAAAUCCCCCGAGGAUGUGGUCAGACGUUACAUGCAGAAAGUCAAGAACCCGCCAGACGAGGACUGCACGAUAUGCAUGGAGAGGCUGGUCAGCUCGUCGGGGUACGAGGGCGUCCUGAGCAACAAGGGGGGGAAAGCGGAGCUGGUGGGCAAGCUCAGCAAAUGUGGGCACAUGUACCACCUGCUGUGUCUGGUCGCCAUGUACAACAACGGCAACAAGGACGGCAGUCUCCAAUGUCCUACCUGCAAGGCCAUCUACGGGGAGAAAACCGGGACCCCCCCAGGGAAGAUGGAAUAUCACGUAAUUCCGCACUCGCUGCCCGGCUAUCCCGAACCCAAAACCAUCCGGAUUGUUUAUGACAUCCCAGCAGGUCUGCAGGGAACGGAACACCCAAACCCAGGAAAACGGUUCACAGCCAGAGGAUUCCCGCGGCACUGCUAUCUGCCUGACGACGAGAAAGGGAGAAAGGUUCUGAAGCUCCUGAUCGUGGCGUGGGAACGCAGGUUAAUUUUCACCAUCGGGACGUCCAACACCACAGGUGAGUCGGACACGGUCGUGUGGAACGAGAUCCACCACAAGACGGAAUUCGGGUCCAACCUGACGGGUCACGGUUACCCGGACCCUAAUUACCUGGAGAACGUCCUCGCGGAACUGUCUGCACAGGGAGUGGCCGAGGAGUGCAUAAAAGAUUGACUCACACACGGAGGCGACGAUGGAGAGACAGAGAGAGAGAGUGAGAGAAAGUCCUGCAGAGUGUGCGCAAGACACUGAACCUUAAUAACCCUGCGAUGAAGGUGACUGAGAUCGAGGAGGGAGUCUACUGUCAGCCUGCCUGGGUCAAGUCAUUGCUAGGUACCCCUCUUGUCCACGCACAGGGUAAAGCCAGGCCUUAGCUUGCCUGAGUGGGGUGGAUUCCAGUGGUCUGUUUCUCCUACCUCACCCUCUCACACACAACACACACACACACACAUGCACCACACCCCCAUUCUUCUUGACGACGAUGGUUAGGGGACAGGACCCUCCAGGUUCAGGACAGGAAGGGGCUGUAGUUUGGUUAUUAUUUGUUGCGUUAAAACAAGUUUUUAUCUUCCCUCCCUCCUUCUCCCCGCCACCAACUCCAUUUUUUUCAAAUUCCUUUAGUCGAGGAGGUGAAUCUCCUGCUAUAUUGGGAGUGAAACGGCAUGCAUGCACACAACACGCUGCAACACUCACUCGCUCACAACCCACCCACGUGUGCACGUGCCCACACGCACGCACGCACCCCCGCACAAUGUACACACACGCGUACUCGCCC